CAGGGCUGCUGCCUCCCCCUCGCUGUAAGCCCGGUCGCAGUUGGCAGUGGCCAGCCCAGCUCGGAUCAGGCAAGCACAGCACAUCCCGCAAAGGCAGCGGAGGAGAUCGCAGGGAGAGCUGCGUGGGUACGGGCUCCCGAGCCGGCCGGCAUGGCAGCCCCUGGCCUCCAUCCCAGGCAGCUGCGAGGAGGCGGACACUCACCUUGAGCAGGUGACAUCCCAUGAUGGCAGGGGAAGAGCGUGCAUUAGCCGUCCUCUUACGAGCGCUGCAAGGUCUCGCACCUAAAGACUUUCAGGAGUUUAAGACGAAGUUAUCGGAGGUUCAUGUGGAAGGAGGAUGGAAUAUCCCCAAGGAUUCGCUGGCGAAGGCCGCCCACCCUUGCGCGCUUGUCAGCUGCAUGGGCGAGAACUACAGCGAAGACGCUGCGAUGGACGUAGCGAUUGGGUUGUUCGAAGAGAUGAACCAGAGAGACCUCGCUGAGAAACUCCUGGAUGAGAAGGUGAAAGAGUACAAGCGGAAAUACAGAGAGCACGUGGUCCAGGAGUUCCUCCGGUACAAAGAAGUAAACUCCUGCCUCGGGGAGAAUCUGUCUGUCAGCAGUCGCUACGCCACCCUGACCAUCGCCAGGAAGCCUCAGAGCAAGCGUGGAGGCGAGCAUGAAGCUGUGGGCGUCAGCCGUGGAUGUGCCGACGCCAGCAACGGACCAGCCACCGUCACCGUCACCGCGCAGACGCUGUUCAAACCCGACGAGGAUGGGCAAACACCGCAGGUCGUGGUGCUGGUGGGGGCCCCGGGGAUGGGGAAGACAAUGACGGUCAGGAAGGUGAUGGUGGAGUGGGUGGAAGAGACCCUCUACACGCAGUUUGACUACGUCUUCUGCAUAGACUGUAAAGACAUUGCCUUUACCAAGGAAGCAAGCGUGGCAGACCUGGUUUCAAAGUGUUGCCCUCACAGGCGAACGCCAGCUGGGAAGAUCCUGGACGACCAGAAGAAGAUCCUGUUCAUUUUUGAUGGCUUCGAGGCCCUAGGAUUUUCUUUGGUUCAGCCCAAAGACGAGCUGAGCUCUGACCCCAGGGAAGUGAAGCCGCUGGAAACCACCCUGAUGAGCUUGUUGAAGAAGACUGUUCUCCCCGAGUCCUCCUUGCUCAUCACCACGAGGCCAACUGCUCUUCAAAGCCUGGGGCAGUGCCUGGAGGGUGAGUAUUACGCGGAAAUACUGGGAUUUUCGGCAGCCAUGAGGGAGGAAUAUUUCCACAGGUAUUUUGAGAACAACAAUAAAGCCGACAUGGCCUUCAGGUUUGCCAGAGGCAACGAGAUCCUCUACAGCUUGUGCGUCAUCCCCAUCAUGAGCUGGACCGUCUGCACCAUCCUUGAACAAGGGCUGUACAAGAAGAAAAACCUCAUCGAGUGCUCUAAAGCCACCACGCAGAUGAGCAUGUUUUACCUCUCCCGGUUAAUGAAGUGCAGAGGCAGGGACAACCCACAGGACCUCCAGCAGUUCCUACACAAGCUUUGCUCCUUGGCUGCCGACGGCAUCUGGAAGCACAAGGUCCUCUUUGAGGAAAAGGAAAUCAAGGACCGUGGCUUGGACCAGCCAGACCUUCUCCCCCUCUUCCUCAACGAGAAGAUCUCAAAGAAAGGCGUAGACCAUGGGAAUGUCUACAGCUUCACCCACCUGCACCUCCAGGAGUUUUUUGCAGCCAUGUUUUACGUUCUGGAGGACGAUGAGGAAAUGGUCGGUGACUCAGGGGCUCUCGUGAAGGAUGUAAAUAUGUUAUUAGAAAGCUAUAGCGAGUCCAGGAAGGAUUUGAACUUAACGGUGCGGUUCCUGUUUGGUCUGGUAAGCCAAAAAUCGAUAGAGUACGCAGACAAAAUCAUCGGGUGCAGAAUUUCACCGCGAGCCAGGGAAGAUAUGCUGAGGUGGCUUCAGGGGAGGCACAGAGGCAUCUCCCAUCCCGGCCAAGCACUGAAGGUUUCGGAGUUGGACACUUUCCACUUUUUGUUCGAGAUGAACGAGAAAAGCUUCGCGCAAAGCGCGUUGGGUCGUUUCACUGACAUAGACUUGCAGGAUAUCAAGUUGACCCUGUACGACCAAAUGGCUCUUUCAUUCUGCAUCAGGCAGUGGGCUGGGCUGGGCUGCGUCACCCUCCGGGGAUGCUCCUUCGACCGGCAGGAUCCCGGGGAGGAACCUCGCUCCGGUGCCUUGGGAGACAGAGGACAUCCCCGUCCCCUCGCUGAGUGGCGGCAGGAGGAGCUGCACUCCCCCAUCCACCCGCUCUGCCAGGCGCUGCGGCACCCGGGCAGCGACCUGCGGGCGCUCCGGCUGCAGUGGUGCGGGCUGUCGGAGAGCUGCUGCGCGGAGCUGGCGGCGCUGCUGGCCGAACACCCCAGCCUGGCCCGGCUGGAGCUGGGCGACGGCACGCUGGGCGACGGUGGCGUGCGCCUGCUCUGUGAGGGGCUGCAGCAGCCCGGCUGCCGCCUGCGUGUCCUACGGCUGCGGUACUCCCGCCUCACCAGCGCCUGCUGCGAAGACCUCGCUGCUGUGCUGGGCACCAGCCUGCGCCUGGAGGAGCUGGAUUUGUCCUUCAACGAGGGGCUGCGCGAUGCCGGCGUGCAGCUGCUGUGCAAGGGGCUCCAGCGCCGCGCCUGCCAGCUGCAGGCGCUGCGGUUGGGGAGCUGCCGGCUGACGGGCGCCUGCUGCCAAGCCCUGGCCGCUCGGCUGGUGGAGAACCCCAGCCUCACCUGCCUGGACCUGAGCGACAAUGAGCUGGGAGCCGAUGGCGUCCUGCAGCUCUGCCAGCAGCUCCGGCAUCCCGCCUGCCCGCUGCAGGCCCUGGGACUGAGCACCUCCGGGUUAAACGAGGAAGCGCUGCAAGAGCUGGCCGCCCUGCAGGCACUGAAGCCCGACCUGAAGAUAGGGUACCUCCUCGAGCAGGACGUGCCGCAGGCGGGGGCCAUGGCCCGGCUGCCCUUCCACCGCGGGGUUCUGCCGGGCGCGGGGGGGCCGGGGGGCAGGAAGGCGCUCCCCUCCUUUAGGAGAGGUCCUUGCAACAACCAGAGCCGUUUCUAGCCCGGUUCUCGGUGCUGCUGAAGUCGGGGGGAAGCCUCCCUGGGUUUGAGCCUGCCCCAUGCGUGGGGGCACAGGGGAGGAGGUCCUGCCUGCAUUUGCUGGGGGUCGGGGCAGAGCCGGUCCGGGUCCUUCCCUCUCCCGUUUCCCCACACGCGUCGGUGGGAAUAGUGGUGUGGGCGUUUGCCGAUGCUAAAUAAAGGCCUUGGGCCCAGGCCCAGGAAUCCCGCUCUGCUCUUCCCCAUCCUCCUCCCUGUCCCCACCGUGCCCUGGGAUGUGUCUGUGGGUCCAGCUCCUGCCCCACGUCCCCGAGGGAUAGCGAGGUGCCACCCCUGGAAGCGAGUCUCCAGCCAGU